AUGCCCUUCUUCGACAUGCAGGAAUCCAUUCGGAACGUCUUCCGUGCGACAUUUGAUAGCGGGUCUAUACCCUCGUCCACCAUGGUGAAGUACCCUAUGCACCCUGUCCAAGUCCGAGCGCUGAUUGGAUUCGCAAUUCAGAUCUUGCCUGGAUUGAAGGCCCCUGACCUUGCCUACCUUGCAGGCCAGACCGCCAGUUCUCUCGUCAAGCGCCCAAAGUGGAAUCCUAAAGCCCCAAAACUCGUGCCUGGGUGUCAAAAUACGAAUGCUCCACCAUGCGAAUACGCACAGACGCUCGCCGCUUUCCCCGAUCUUAAAGGAGACACUCAUAAGGUAGCAGCUGUUGUCGUGGGAGAGCAUCCGUAUUCCUUAGAAGGAGAUUUUAUUCUCCGAGCCCUGUUGCAACUACCACCAAGGGCCCCUGGAGGCAACAUUUCCGGAUACGGGUAUUCAGAAGACGUGGCAGGAACGUCAGCCGUGACGGCUCUCGCCAUCAGAACCGUCAAGGUGGAUAUCUCCCACCUUCUCAGGGCCUCGGACUCGAAUGAGCCCCCUCCUCCAACUAGGCCGGCGACCACGAGCCCAGCUUCUCUGCCAGCAAUAACAACGGUUGAAAGCGUCCCUCCAUAUCCAACAGCACAAACCGGUGGCACUGGAGGGAAGCGCUGCAUGCCUGCACAUCCGUCAGAGAUGCCAGCCAAGAAGCAAAGCAAGUGGUCGCCGGAAGAAGACGCACUGAUUAUUGACGUGAGAGGACGUGGCAUGAAAUGGGAAGAUAUCUCCAAGUGUUUACCAGGGCGAAGUGCUAUAAGUUGCAGGUUGCACUAUCAAAAUUACCUCGAGAGGAGAAGUGAGUGGGAUGAGGAACGGAAAAAUAAGUUGGCGAGACUUUAUGAGAGGUUUAAACCAGAAAUGUGGGCUAAGGUUGCCGAAGAGAUGGGCGUUCCAUGGCGGGCAGCGGAGGCCAUGCAUUGGCAGCUUGGAGAGGCCGACAUGGCACGUCGCGCCGGCGUCGUCCCAUUCUCACUUUCAAGCGCCCCUGUCGAUACUCCCGCCCAUGGGCGCGCGAGGCCGCUAUCAUCACGCGGCCACUCGCACUCACAGUCGCUCUCGUCCCCAACUGCAUCUACGAUAGGCAGCUCAGUACCCUCUUCCCGAUACUAUCGUGAGGGACCCGCUACACGUUCUAUAGCUGCGCGGCGGCAGAGCAUGGCGAGAAGUGGGUUGCCCACUUCCCCAUCAGAUGGGUACAUAUAUGGCGGAAUCGGGAUGGGACAGGGCAUGGGGAUGCCAAUGACCGGAGGGCCGCCUAUGCUACCCAGCGUAGCAGAAAUGACAACUGGAAUGAGCCCAUACAGCACACCAGCGUACUCAGUAUCAGCAUCCAUGGCCGGCGGACAACCACGCUCGAGCCCGGGCUCUACUUUGCCCUCCAUAGGCUACGCUUUACCUCCAAAUUUACCACCGAUGCCAGAAGGAAAGAGUCGCAGCCCUGACUCCGGCCAUGGGGGGACUAGAAGACGGCAGGACCGAUAGACACGGACGAACGCAAAACAAUUCACUAAUACAGCUAAGCGCACUACAUUGAAGGGUUGCGAUAUCACGCCGCUGUGUGUGACUACGAUUGAAAAAAGGGAUGCAUGGGUUGGUUUGGCGCAAAAUGCAUAGCGUGGCCUGGGGAAACGAAUAGAGGAUGACUUCACGACAACUUUGGAUGGACUUUGGCAGGGUUAGCAAUUCGAAUAUAAACUUGACUAGGC